UUGUUGCUCCACCUCCAUCGCCUCCAGUUAGAAGGCAGGCACGUUGUAUUUCAAGAGGAAGCAUACAAGGCUGAUUUCAUUUCGUUGUAAAGGAGACCGCAGAGGACCAUGGCUGAGAAUCACAAAACGGGUCAGAACCUGCAGGCGAGUGCUGGAUUUCUGGCUAAACGGGUCCAGAGGUCAUUGAGUCGCGCACAAGAAAAGGUCCUUCAAAAACUGGGCAAAACUUUGGAGACCAAGGAUGAACAUUUUGAGGUUUGCUCGCAAAACCUCAACAAACAACAGGUUCAUGGAAGCAGGUUGCUUAAAGAUGUGAGGGCCUACUAUGGUGCUGUGAAAGCUGUACACGAGACGUCGAAGCGGCUGUCCCAGACUUUGCAGGAGGUUUACGAAUCAGACUGGAACGGAGCAGAGGACCUUGCUGUCAUCAUCCAAAGUGAAGAUUUGCUGUGGAACGACUAUGAGGAGAAAAUGAAUGACCAGAUUGUGCGCACCGUGGAAAACUAUACAAACCAGUUUCCAGAGGUCAAGGAAAGAGUGGCGAAACGCGGUCGAAAGCUGGUGGACUACGAUUCAGCGCGUCACCACCUGGAGGCGCUGCAGAGUGCCAAGAAAAAGGAUGAUGUUAAAAUUGCCAAGGCAGAGGAGGAGUUCAACAAAUCCCAGAAUGUCUUUGAAGAGAUCAAUAAUGAGCUGAGGGAGGAGCUGCCCCUUCUCUAUCAGAGCCGCAUCGGUUGCUACGUGACGGUGUUCCAAAACGUAUCAAAUCUGAGAGAUGUCUUUUAUAAAGAAAUGAGUGUGCUCAACCGUGAUUUGUACGAUGUGAUGAAGAAGUUAGAAGAUCAGCACUCUGGAAAAGCUUUCAUCGUAAAGGGUCUGAGCAGCAGCACUACAGCAAAGUCAAAGAAGAAGCGGUCCUUGGUCAUCUCCAAUCCGGUCCCUUGUAACACAUCUUUCCCAUCCGAUCACGUGUCCCUCCAUUCCGAAAAUGGGAAAAACGAUCUACCCUCCUCCCCUGAGCCGCAAAGCAACCCAGGCGAAACGAGUAUAGUAGGGGAUGCUGUCACCGCUACCAAAAGUGGGGGUACCUCAGACUCGGAGGACCUAAGCUCCUGCGGUACCAAUACACCCAGCAGCACGACAAGCGAAGGUCCCGAGGCGGUGGAGCUAGAAGCCGAGCUACCCGCUAACCAGUCGGAUGACUCUGCCGUCCCGAAAUCUGAUGUUGCCAGUGAAGAGCCAGCCUUUGAUAAUGAUGCGCCACUCACUCGUGAGCAGGAGGACAAUGCAAGUCAAGCGCCAGCAAAAGAAGCCAGGACCAACAUGGCUCCGGUUCCUGCCCCUCGUGAACCUUCCCACUCUGAGAAAGAGGAGGAAGACAAGAAGGAAGAAGAAUCUGACGUCAAGAAGCCGGCCGGCGAUAACUGCGAUAGCCACAAUCCUCCUGGCUUUCUUUACAAGGCGGUGGCGCUAAAGAGCCAGGCAGCGUCUGAAAGUGGCCAGCUCCAGUUUGAACAAGGAGAAAUAAUCCUGGUGUUGGCCGACUCCCAGCAGGAAGGUCUGUUGAGAGGAGUCCGGGAGGAGAGCUGGAAACUGGACAGUGAUCCCGAAAAUCAUGCCGGGACUUUCUCAGAAGACCUCAUUGGGCCCGUUUAGGCGGACUGAUGUAACAUUCACUCGCCUUCCUCCCAUGAGGAGUUGGUGACUCACACGCGUGUGUGUACAAAUGUUCCAAAUUGUUUUGGGUGUGGAAGCUGCACAAACAAAUUCAAGUCCUUUGUGAAUACUUGCAUGUUUUGAUGUUGUGCAACAAAAUGUUGUGAAGCCAUUUGGAUAACUAAAGCUAACAUUGUCGUGUUUGUAUUUUUAUUCUCCUCAUGAAACGCUGUGAAACUUUUUUUUUAAUGCAGUUCAUAAUAUUUGCCAAUAAAGAUCAAAUUUGAGAAAA